GUCUCCCCCUUGACACCCGAGACUCGAAUCAAAUCUGCUGCCUUGCCCUGCCCCAGCUCCAAAAGCUUCAGCUUCAAGCAUCGGCGACCUCCACCUCCUUCCUCUUCUCAGCUCCUCCAGCCCUCCUCACUACUUGGAGUAGUAGCGAGCUGCAACACAGCACGGCAGAGCGGAGCGGAGUGGAGUAGGGAGCCGCAGCUGCCGUCCCCGCCGUGGCCAUGCGUCUCUCAGUGGUGCUCCUCGUCGUGGCCCUGCUCUGCCUCAGCGGCGGCGGCGGCGGCGGCCUCGUGGCGGCGUCCACGGACUUCAAAUUCCCGGCGGUGUUCAACUUCGGGGAUUCCAACUCCGACACCGGCGGCCGUGUGGCGGCGGGGCUCGAGUCCAUCCUCCCGCCCUACGGCUCCACCUUCUUCGGCGGCCCCGCCGGCCGCUUCUGCGACGGCCGCCUCAUCCUCGACUUCCUCAUGGAGGCAAUGGAUAUGCCACUCCUCAAUGCAUAUUUGGAUUCUCUUGGUGCACCAAUUUUCCGGACUGGUGUUAACUUUGCUCAAGCUGGGUGUUCAAUCACACCAGCAAAGCCAACAUCUGUUAGCCCGUUUUCAUUUGGUCUUCAGAUUAAGCAAUUCUUUUCCUUCAAGGACAAAGUUACUAAGCUCCUAUCUAAAGGAGACAUGUACAGGCCAUACAUUCCUCAGGAAGAUUACUUUUCAGAGGGACUCUACAUGUUUGAUAUUGGUCAAAAUGAUCUUGCUGGUGAAUUCUAUUCAAAAACAGAGGAUCAAGUCAUUGCAUCCAUUCCAACAAUUUUGUUGGAAUUUGAAACUGGGCUCAAGAAACUAUAUGACCAAGGUGCUAGGAAGUUCUGGAUUCACAACACAGGCCCUCUUGGCUGCUUACCUGAAAACAUAGCCUUGUUUGGCAAAGACCCAUCCCAGCUAGAUGAGCUUCACUGUGUAGCAAAGCACAACCGUGCUGCAAAACUUUUCAACUUACAGCUGCAUGCACUUUGCACAAAGUUGAGAGGUGAAUUCACCGGAGCCAGCAUCACUUACGUGGACAUCCACACUAUCAAAUACAGCCUGAUCGCCAACUACUCUCGAUUUGGGUUUGAGCAUGCCACCCAAGCAUGCUGCGGAUAUGGUGGUCCACCCCUCAACUUUGAUGGUAACGUGCGAUGUGGACAGACAGUGUCUUUGAAUGGUAAAUUGGUUACCGCAAAAGGGUGCAGUGACACUACUGAAUUCGUCAAUUGGGAUGGGAUACAUUACACGGAAGCUGCAAAUUUCCACAUUGCAUCUCAGAUACUGACCGGGAAAUACUCUGAUCCUCCAUUCGUCGACAAGAUGCCAUUCGUUAUAAAACCUAGAUUCUAAGUAGUAGCAUACACCUGUUUUCUCUUCGAUCAGCCACUUUAACAGCAUUGGUUGCGGAUACGAUGUAUUUAUUACUUGUUAAUAAUCAUAUAUAUGUUGCUCGAUCUCAGAAGGGGGGGAAAAUCACAUAUAAAGCUUGGUUUCAGUUGCCUGUUA